ACUCUCUUUCCUUCUUCUCCCUCCUCUCUCUCUCUCUCUCUCUCUCUCUGCCAAACUUAAAUAUUGCGCGCCCACACAGAGACCCAAAAUUCAACUAGCCCCACAAUGUACGGUGGCUCCUCCAAGCUUGGCGGCCGAGGGGGAGGCCGUGGCGGUGCUGCUGGAGGCACCAAGCGUCUCUCUUCGUUUCCUCCGCCGCCACCUCACCGGUCUUCCACUGCCUCUAACAACCGUCUCUCGCUCGGCGGUAAUUCCAAUAAUCGCAAUCGCUGCUCUUCCGCCGCAGCCAUGUCGGCUGCAACAGCAGCCGUCGAAGAGACCUUCUCUCUUAUUCCCGGUAAGAACCCACUUGCCUUUUCAAUGAUUAUAAGACUGGCGCCCGACAUGGUGGAUGAGAUCAGGAGGGUGGAAGCUCAGGGUGGCUCUGCCAGGAUUAAGUUUGAUUCCCUGGGUGGUAAUACUAAUGGAAACGUUAUUGAUGUGGGUGGUAAGGAAUUCAGAUUUACAUGGUCAAGGGAAUUUGGUGACCUCUGUGACAUUUAUGAAGAGCGUCAAAGUGGUGAAGAUGGAAAUGGUUUGCUGGUUGAAUCUGGGUGCGCCUGGCGUAAGGUGAAUGUCCAACGUAUCCUGGAUGAAUCAACCAAGAACCAUGUUAAAAUGCGGUCAGAGGAAGCUGAUCGCAAGCAUAAAUCACGCAAAGCAAUUGUGUUAGAUCAUGGGAAUCCAUCCAUGAAGAGUCAAAUAAAGCAAUUGGCAGCUGCUGAAUCUACUCCAUGGAGGAAUUCCUUUAAAAAGAAAGAGCCUCCAUUUAAAAAACGGAAAGUUGAACCACCACCUGUCCCCAAAUCUACCUUUAAACCUGUAGCUGCUAGUGCAAAAGUAAGACGGUCAUCUUCACCUCUGCCAUCUACACCUGAGCAAUCUGGCACUCCAGCGUCUCCAUUUACUGGAAAUGUUGCUAAGGUGAACACUGAAGAAGUGACACUGGCCCAGUCUAAAAGUAAAGAGAAUACCACCAACACAGAGAAAGAAUUCCAGAAUAAGGCUGCCAGUGCUGUGUCUGUACGGGAGACACCAGGACAUAAAGGGAACUUUGGGACUAAGCCAAUGGAUUUAGAGAGUAUGUUAAUUAGUCUACUGAGUGGGAAUCCCAAAGGGAUGAGCUUGAAGGCCUUGGAGAAAGCUGUUGGGGACAAAAUUCCAAACUCUGCUAAGAAGAUAGAACCUAUUAUUAAAAAAAUUGCAACUUUCCAAGCUCCAGGAAGAUAUUUCUUAAAAUCAGGAGUGGAGUUGGGAAGCUUCAAGAAACCUUCAUCUGAAAGUGGAAGUUCUCCUGAAGACAACCGUCAGCAGACACUUGUUCCUGAAGACAACCUUAAUCACAGACUUCCUCCAGAAUCAAGGCUUGUGGAGAAAAGCCCUGCUGUUGGAUUUGAGGAACAUGCCCAAUUGAACUCUAAAUUUGAAGAAGAAUCAAAUACAUUAGAAAAAAUUGAUAUUCAACAGCAUUCUCCUGAUUUGUUUGGUGAGAAGAAAGUUUCUGACAAUAGUGAGGGGCAGGCAGGCAGCUCCAGUGAUAGUGGAAGUGACAGUGACAGUGAUAGUGACAGCAGUGACAGUGGUAGUGACAGCGGAAGUUGCAGUAGAAGCAGAAGCAGAAGCCCAGUAGGAAGUGGAAGUGGGAGUAGCAGUGACAGUGAAAGUGAUGCUUCAUCCAAUAGUAAAGAGGGCUCUGAUGAGGAUGUGGAUAUUUUAAGUGAUGAUGACAAAGAACCCCAACAUAAACUACAGGCAUCUGAACCAGCAUUUUCAGUAUCACCAGAUCAAUGGAGGCAGAAUGGGAAUGAUGAGAAACAAGAUGGUGAUGGAUCUGAUGCAGUUGACAUUGAGGGUCCUGGAUCUGCUCCCCUUGAUGUUGAAGGUCACGAGUCUGAUGCUGUUGACAUUGAGAAAGAUUUGGAGGAUGAUGAGAAGGAAGGUGAAUUGGCCGCAAAUAGUUUGAUUCUCAACAAAGAACGCAACAAUCCUGUGGAAGGAGAGAAAUUUAUUUUUUCUGAUCAUGAUGCCAUCCAAGAGCGCCAAACCUUCAUAGGAACACUGUUUGAUGACAAUGAAAAUGGCAUAAGGGACUGCUUCAGGCAUGAACAAUCUGACAGCUCUGAGAGGAUACCGAAAAGUAAAACCAAAAGGGCUCCUGAUGUGAAGCACUUUGAUGAGAAAUUUGAACAUGCUAAAAGAUUGAAAGUUGAAACCUCAGCUCAAGCACCCAUUUCUGAGGUUAAGGAUGCCCAGUUAUCAGAGAGUCCUCACCGUAGAGACAUUGAAGACACUUAUGGGGGCCCAGAUUUUCAAGCAAUUAAUAGAACUUAUAGGGACGGAAAUUCUGAUUUUGGUUCACAAAAGGCACAUAAACAAGCACUUGCUGGAAAACCUAGUUCAGAUUUUCAGCAACCGGGACGAAGUUCCUCUGAAAAAAAUGGUCGGACAAAGGCUUCUGAUACAACAAGGAGAUCCAAGCACUCUGAGAGUUCAGGACAUGGUCGUAAAUUUUCUGAAAAGAAUUCUCAUGUGCAUGAAGGUGUUCCCCUUCAAAGAGAAAAGGCUUCUAGAGACAACCAAAAUGAGGAUAAUUUUGUGAAGGAGAAAAAGGUGCCAAGAAACGCCAAGGAAGGUGGAGCUGGAUUCAGACUCUCUGCUCCCUUUGAUUCCCAUUACAGAAGACAGGGUGAAACAUCUGGGAAAUUCAAGGAUGAUACACAAGUUGCAAACUCGCACAUGGGGUCUUCACCAAAGGAUGGCAAUAGAGUUGAAAUGGAAAAAUUCCCAGCUUUCGGUGAAAGAACUCUCCAAAGAGAGCUUUCAGAAUUGGAGUUGGGAGAAUUUCGUGAGCCAUUGCUUGAAGAAACACCUGUUAAUAAACAAUUUGAAAGGAAGAGUUCUUUUAAACAGUCAGAGAGCAAACGAAGCACUUCAGACAACUGUAAUUCAGAUUUAAUCAAGAUAAAACCUGUUGGAAAGGCAGCACUGGACUUGGGAAAACCUUCUCCACCCAAUUUAGGUACUGGUUUUAAGCAGAGUCCUGAUCAUCAUAUUGAAGAUUUAACAAGAUUACACCAUAAGAUCGUGCAGUCUCAUCCACAAAACCCUUCAAGGGUAGAUAACAAUGAGACACACUUUGGCAAGUUGGCAGAUACAAAUAGCAGAUUAAGGCAGAAUGAAGCUGGGGCAAAACUUGGAAACAGUACAGAAGGCUAUGGAGAAAGCCAUAAAGGAGCUCUUGGCAAUGCACAGCAGUUGCAUGAUUCUAGACGUGGGCAGGUUUCCCACAUGAUAAAGGAAAGUAAAACACAGUCAUCUAAUACGAUGGCUGACUUGGUAGAGGGACAAAAGGAUACAAUUUUGACCGAGGUCAAUACUAAUGCUCCAAAGAGGAGAGAAUCAUCUUCUGAGGAUGACAGCACUUCUUAUUCUAAGUAUGAAAAGGAUGUACCUGAACUUAGGGGACCUAUUAAUGAUUUUCCUCAGUACAAAGGAUACGUGCAGGAAUACUGUGACAAGUAUGAUAGUUACUGCUCCUUGAACAAGAUCCUAGAAAAUUACAGGAAUGAUUUCCAAAAAAUGGGAAAGGACCUUGAAUUUGCAAAGGGCAGGGAUAUGGACAGAUAUCAUAAGAUCUUGCUGCAGUUGAAGGAAUCUUAUGGUCGUUGUGGAGCGAGACACAAACGGUUGAAAAAGAUAUUCAUUGUGCUUCAUGAAGAACUAAAGAACCUUAAGCAAAGGAUCAAAGAAUACGCCCUGUCUUAUACGAAAGAUUAAAACAUUUCUUGUUUCUACCCAAGACGUGUUGUUAUUUUCCUGUGUGUAGAUACCAUGGCAAUGAAUGUAUAGGGUGAUAUAACAAAGCAUUUUCUAGUUCUGUGAAAAAUAAUAUCUUGUAUAUAACAUUAGUUGUUUCUAGCUAAUCUUCUAUUGAUGGGUGACAUAAGAGGAAAAUAAUUCAUUUAUUUUACCCUUGUAA